CCGUUGCUCGCCCCUCGCCGGCGCUGAUUGGUUUCGCGGUUGCUUCGGCGCUGUGCCAUCGUUCAGUGGAUGGUUGUCACGUCAGUCAAAGCAUGCGCGAGCUCUUCAAGACGGAUCCCACUACGAGCCGGCGCUUUACUCCACCGUCCACCACAUUACCAGCAUCGGGAAAGAUGAGCGAUGUGAGCGGGAUGGUCCCUCACCAGGAGCCCGGACCCGGAGUGGGAACAGCCGGGGCAGCAGCUGCGGCGGCGCUUGGCAGGUCUCUGAUCCGACCCCAUGAGAACCGAACCAUGGUGGAUAUCAUUGCCGAUCAUCCGGCAGAGCUGGUCCGGACUGACAGCCCUAACUUCCUCUGCUCUGUCUUACCGUCCCACUGGAGGUGUAAUAAAACACUGCCCGUGGCAUUCAAGGUGGUAGCCUUGGGGGAUGUUCCUGACGGCACUGUGGUCACCGUUAUGGCCGGCAAUGAUGAGAAUUAUUCGGCUGAACUCCGCAAUGCCUCGGCAGUAAUGAAAAACCAAGUGGCUCGUUUCAAUGAUUUGCGUUUCGUGGGCCGAAGUGGAAGGGGUAAAAGUUUUACAUUGACAAUUACAGUAUUCACAAACCCACCUCAAGUGGCCACCUAUCACAGAGCUAUAAAAGUUACAGUGGAUGGGCCAAGAGAACCAAGAAGACACAGACAGAAGCCUGAAGACCAGCCCAAAGUUGGAUUAUUCUCAGAACGUCUCAGUGAGUUGGAACGCCUUCGCCAAACUGCAAUGUCAGUGGGUGCCACAACACGGAGUCCUCGUCCUUCUCUCAAUCCUGCACCAGCUCCUUUCAGUCCUCAGACAACACCUCAGAUUGCAGACCCCAGGCAGGCCCAGUCAUCACCACCAUGGUCAUAUGAUCAGUCAUACCCACCCUAUCUGAGUCAGAUGACUUCACCUUCCAUACAUUCCACAACCCCUCUCUCCUCUGCCCGUGCCACAGGGCUUCCUGCAAUCACUGCUGACGUGCCAAGACGACUUUCAGGUGCUACAGAUCUUGGUCCCUUCUCUGACCCACGGCAAUUUGGUCUUUCUUCCCUCACAGAGAGCCGUUUCUCAAAUCCUCGAAUGCACUACCCAGCUGCCUUCACCUAUACACCAACUCCUGUUACAACUGGCAUGUCUUUGGGUAUGUCUGCAGCUACACAUUAUCACACCUACCUACCACCACCCUACCCUGGCUCAUCCCCAAACCAAAGUGGACCCUUCCAGACCAGCAGUGCACCUUAUCUCUACUAUGGCGCCUCUUCUGGAUCUUACCAAUUCUCCAUGGUGGCAGGGGGAGAACGCUCACCUUCCAGAAUGUUGCCACCUUGCACCAGUGCAUCAACUGGUAGUACACUCCUUAAUCCCAACCUGCCCAACCAAAAUGAUGCUGUCGAUACUGAUGCUAGCCAUAGCAAUUCUCCCACUGUGUUGACUUCCACUGGGAGGAUUGAUGAGUCUGUCUGGAGACCCUACUGACUCUGAAUACAUAACAAGUCAUCAUUUAAAUAGUGCCUAUUAUGCAGUUUUUAACUGGAAGAACAUCUUAUCAUAAUAAGACUGUUGAGUGAAAGAACUGAUGCAGUAUUUGAAGAUGUUUCUGUACUGUUCAAGAUAUGCACAGAACAUUGUUUUUUUUUAUAAGUUCUUGAGUAAAUUUGUUAUCUUGUCCAAAUAAAUGAAGAACUUCAAGGUACUCAGCAAAACCAUCUUGUUUUAGAAAGAUAGCUUUCCCAGAACUGACUGUGCAAAUUGCAGUAAUUUAUAAACAAUUAUUUGAACAAUAUUGAAAAUGGCAAGAAAAGUGGCGAAAAGCAAGAAGAAUAUGAGGACUCUAAGCUUAAGAAGAUGAAAAGUCCUCCAAGAAAUGGUUACCCACUUUAACUUUUUUAAUUAAAUCAUGUGUGAGGGAACAUAGUUGACUAUUAGAAUAGUUGUACCAGAAAUGUACAUGUAUGCAUUCAGUUGUAACUGUGCAGAGGGGUAGAAAUUUUCUUU